UUUUUAACAUUUGUUUUUGCUUUUAGGUUUCUCUCUCUAGAAAAAAAAUGUAGGAGAGAGAAAAAAAAGGGGAGAAAGCAUUCUAUAACAGUAGAGUAGAGCGCCUUUGGGGCAGGUACAUACAUUCUUGCUCACACUUCUCACUCUACCCUCCCCCUCUCUCUCUCUCUCUCUACAGUUCCUUUCCACCAUCCGCCAUUACAGUUCCUGAAAAAGCUUUCUCAAUUCCUUCUUUCUCUCUCUAAAAACCCACUUUUUUUUUUCUUCUCUGCUGAAGCUUUUUCUCUUUGAUUACUGACUUUAUUAAGCUCACUUCCACACCUUCACUUCAUUUUUCCACUUUCGUUUUUCUUUGGGGUUACUGUUUGCAGAAAGAGAAAUUGAAGAAAAAAAAUAAAAAAAUAGAAGCUAAAAAUGGCAGGCGGUGGAGCACCAAAAGCAGAUGAACCAUCACCACACCCACCUAAAGAUCAGCUUCCCAAUGUUUCUUACUGCAUUACCAGUCCUCCUCCAUGGCCCGAAGCAAUCCUUCUUGGAUUUCAACACUAUCUAGUGAUGCUCGGCACAACAGUCAUCAUACCAACUGCCCUCGUUCCUCAAAUGGGAGGAGGAAAUGAGGAGAAAGCGAAAGUUAUUCAGACACUGCUGUUUGUUGCUGGAUUGAACACCCUUUUACAGACAUGGUUCGGAACCAGAUUACCUGUUGUGAUCGGAGGCUCUUACACCUUUGUCGCACCCACAAUUUCGAUUAUCCUCUCGGGUCGAUGGAACGACCCGGAUCCUGUUUCGAGGUUCAAAAAAAUCAUGCGGGCCACUCAGGGGGCACUUAUUGUCGCUUCGACUAUUCAAAUAGUGCUCGGUUUCAGCGGUCUUUGGCGUAACGUUACACGGUUUCUGAGUCCACUGUCCGUUGUUCCUUUGGUUGCUAUGGCUGGUUUUGGGCUUUACGAGUUUGGUUUUCCUGGGGUAGCAAAAUGCGUUGAAAUCGGGUUGCCACAGCUCGUGAUUCUGGUCUUGUUUUCUCAGUAUUUGGCACACAUAAUACGUCCCGGAAAAAAUAUAUUCGACCGAUUUGCUGUCAUAUUUUCGGUGGUUAUUGUGUGGAUUUACGCUCAUCUACUUACUGUCGGUGGGGCUUAUAAUGGAAAACCACCCAAGACCCAAAUUAGCUGCCGGACUGAUCGUGCCGGACUUAUUAGUGCUGCUCGAUGGAUAAGCGUACCGUACCCAUUCCAGUGGGGAGCUCCUUCAUUUGAUGCCGGUGAAGCCUUUGCUAUGAUGAUGGCUGCAUUUGUUGCUCUUGUUGAGUCAACUGGUGGUUUUAUUGCUGUGUCUCGAUAUGCCAGCGCGACCCCCUUGCCCCCGUCGAUUCUCAGCCGUGGUGUAGGCUGGCAGGGUAUUGCUAUCCUUUUAUCUGGAUUAUUUGGCACCGGUAAUGGAUCAUCCGUAUCUAUUGAGAAUGCAGGCCUGUUAGCACUGACUCGUGUUGGCAGUCGAAGAGUAGUACAAAUAUCCGCUGCAUUCAUGCUUUUCUUUUCAGUUCUUGGUAAAUUUGGAGCUGUCUUCGCUUCAAUUCCAGCACCGAUUGUUGCUGCUCUAUACUGCCUCUUCUUCGCAUAUGUUGGUAUGUAUAGAUAUAAAUCUUCCGAUCUUACCCUCUCGUAUGAAAUACACUCUUUUAAGUAGUGGUGGAGCUUUUUUUU